UCAGGUGGGAAGAGACCAGCUAAAGAAAGACAAAAUAUAAAGCAAGUGGAGACACUCUCAACUGAAGAGAGGAGGAUAAACAGUUCCCAGAAAAUUUCCCCAAACCAGAAGAUCAUCUGCUCAGUGUGACUCUCCAGAAUGUGGCUCCAGGUGUCUUUCCUCUGUCUGUCCUGUCUAACUCUGCCCAGCCAGAGCCAGGUCCAAGACCGAGCCUCCCUCCGCCGCUCCAAUGACAACGCCGGGCGCUGCCACUACACCUUCACUGUGGCCAGUCCAGAGGAGUCCAGCUGCUCUGGAGGCGGCAUGAAACCAGAGAUGGAUGGAGUCUUGUCCCGACUCACCCUGCUGGAGGCUUUAGUCAGCCGUCUGAUAGCAGGAGUGGAUGGAGGUGCAGGGACUGGGUUGAGGGCAAGCGGUGGAGAAGAAGGUCUCCAGGAAGCGUACUCCCAGGUAACGAGGGAAAGAAAUCAGCUGCAGCAGGACAAGGAGCGUCUAAACGGGCAGGUCCAGGAGCUGCAGAGGAGGCUGGCUGAGCUGGGUCGGGAGGCAGAGAGCCUCAGGCAGAAACCCUGCCAGCAGACACACACCUCGGGGGGGAGUCAGCGUGAAAACAGACCUGCCAGUGAUCCUGCAUAUGAUAUUGGGAAUGGUGCGUACCAGGAGAUGAAGGCUGAGGUUACAGAGGUUCCAGCAUCCCGCCUCCUUCCUGAAGGAAAUCACAACUUUACAGGCUGUGGAGAGCUGCAGUCGGUGGGAGAUCCUGUGCUGCACAGGAAGGCUGACACUAUCACAGGGAAGUAUGGAGUGUGGCUGCAGGAUCCGGAGCCUCAGGGCCAUCAUUACUCAAAUAAGACUGUUUGGCGUAUCGACACGGUUGGUAAAGAUGUCCGUCAGCUCUUUGCAUACGAAGACAUGAAUCAGUUAUCCCAAGGCUUCCCUAUGAAGGUCCUGGUCCUGCCAGAGCCUAUGGAGAGCACAGGGGCAACCAUGUACCACGGCUCGCUUUACUACCAGCGUAAACGUAGCCACACCCUGAUCCGUUACGACCUGACCUCUGAGAGCCUGGCAUCCCGCCGGGAGCUGCCUCACGCCGGCUUCCACGGCCAGCACCCUUACUCAUGGGGCGGCUACACCGACAUUGACCUGGCAGCAGAUGAACAGGGCCUAUGGGCCAUCUACAGCACAAGCAAGGCGAAGGGUGCAAUUGUGAUUUCCCAACUGGACCCAGAGAGCCUGGAGGUGAAGAAGAGCUGGGAGACCAACAUCAGGAAGAACACAGUGGCCAACGCUUUCAUGGUGUGUGGACGUCUGUACACGGUGGCCAGCUACACCGCACCCAACACCACCAUCAACUAUGUGUUUGACACAGCCACCAGCGAGGGACGGGCUGUCGCUGUGCCCUUCAAGAACAAGUACCGUUACAACAGCAUGGUGGACUACAACCACGCUCAGAGGAAGCUGUUCGCUUGGGACAACUUCCACAUGGUCACCUAUGACAUCAGGCUGGGCAGAGCGAGCCAAGGCAGCAGCUAAAGAGGAGACAUGCUGCCGUUUACAGGACUGUACUGAUAUGAGAGCAAGUGAAUGAGAUAAAAUAUAGUAAUAGUUUGCAUUGUACUAAUGUUGCGUCAUAUUUUUUCUUAUUACUAUUGUAAAUAAGAUGUCUUAUGGCAACAGAAAUGUAGUCAUGAAACAGACUAUUCCUUUGAAACCUGAGCAUAUUGGCUUUAUAUCUUUCAAAGACACAGAACAAAGUUACAAGGUAAGAAUUACGAGAAAAUGACUUAAAUUUAGCACCAAAAAAACUCAGACUGAAAAAAAGGAUUUACAAAAAGAGGUUAACA